AUGUCCAACAUAUCUCUAAAGCAACCUUCCUUCCCUCUGCCUUCGCGCGAGCGUCAGACCCCCUUCUCCCUAUGGGCAGCCUUUGACAAAGCAUGGUUUGCCUUGAAGGGCUAUCAUGCUGAUGAAUUCAGAUUUGUGGCCGGAGAGACACCAAUUUCAACUCUGUGGGAGACCGCAGCAAUCAUAUUCUGCUAUCUCAUCAUCAUUUUUGGUGGAAGAGAGCUUAUGCGUAGCCGCAAGCCCUUCCAGUUCAACACCCUCUUUAAGAUACACAACUUUGUCCUCACCGUUAUCAGCGGUGCGCUGCUGGCGCUAUUCGUUGAGCAGCUGGCUCCCACGCUUUGGAGAGAUGGCUUCUAUGAGAACAUUUGCGGUGCCGACGGAUGGACGGACCCGCUGGUGACUCUCUACUAUCUCAACUACCUCACCAAAUACAUUGAGCUCAUCGACACAGCCUUCCUCAUGCUCAAGAAGAAGCCUCUGACAUUUCUACACUGCUACCACCACCCUGCGACCGCCUUGCUCUGCUAUACCCAGCUUGUCGGGCGCACUUCGGUCUCAUGGGUCCCCAUCACCCUCAACCUCACAGUGCAUGUGGUCAUGUACUGGUACUACUUCCAGAGUGCCCGUGGCAUCAAGAUUUGGUGGAAACAGUACAUUACUAUCCUUCAGAUCGCGCAGUUCAUCAUCGAUCUCGCAGGUGUCGUCUACUUUGCAUCUUGGGACUACUGGGCAAGCACCCACUUUUCUUGGCUUCCCCAUGUCGGUACGUGUGCAGGCCACCCAUAUGCUGCCAUGUCUGGGUGCUUCAUCCUUUCUUCAUACCUCGUGCUCUUCGUCAUGUUCUACUUUUCUACCUAUAAAAAGCCUGCGAGCAAGAAAUCUGCAAACGAGAAGCCCGCGAACAAGCAGUUGAGCAAGAAGGACAUGGAUGUCAAGGUCAUCAAGGGUGUCAAAGAUAUCAAGCGGGUACAGCCUACGCUGUGA